CAGAUUUUGAGCGUGAAGCGCGCGCGUAACUUGGUGACCUGAUACGAAGCGCGACUUGCAAUUCGCGUUCUCCCGGAUCGGAAUAUACCUAUUGAGAUGACUACCGAGACUAACUUGAGAAGCACGCGUCAAAACUCUCACCAAUGGGCCGCCUUUCUCCACAACGACACCUCUCUUCAGCUUAACGCUUCACUUCCGCACAGCUCUUCGCUCCUAGCAACAACCUAUCCUCAAUCAGGAAGUACGGCCACUGGAGAUAUCGUUCUGUCAUAUCUACAGAGAGUCUUUCGAUUCAUCGGUCAGGUGAUUUUGAAGAUCAAAGGCUCAUCAGACAAAUGGACUAUUACGGGAAGUGUGCUCAUCGGUAUAGCCUUUGGUGUUCCCGCCUGGCUUGGUCUACGUUUAAAGACUCGAACAAGCAAGAAGGGGCACUAUAUGCUUUGCUUUGAGGAGAUGAUGGAUAUCGUCAGAACUGUGCUUACACAAUAUCGACAUCCAGUCAAGAUUGGUCUGAGCCCAAUACCACUGGAAAAAUUUAGACAUUCGCUGAGUACUGGUCUCUCUUUUGGAAAACGAUCGCUGGCCUCAAAGAUGAGGUUUAUUGGUCACAACAACGCCGCCAUGAGGGUGAAGAGAGUCGCGGCUCCUGAGUCUGGACGAUUUUGGGUUACGGGGGGCCAGUCCUGGCUAUACAUCAUAUGUAUAAGCUUCUCUGUGACCUUCGUAUCGAUUAUCGUGACUGGUCAAAGAACGGCUGCGCGGAAGAGGAUAUCACGGCGGACUCAUCAUAGCAGGGCAUUUAAGGUACUGCUGGCUUGUAUAUUAGCAUCCUCGCUUCUGUCUAUCCUUUUGGUCUACACAGUGGUUGAAUUGAGGAGCAAAUGGAGGAUAGCUGGGGAAGGUCACCUCGCGUAUUGCUAUGCUGAUGAGGAUCAUGCAAUGAACACGGGUUGUCCUGCUCGUCUGGUAAAUCGCCCAGAUCUGUUCCGAUUCCAGCCUUGGGAUAUGCUAGACCUUGUCACUAUUGGUAUGUUUUCCGUGGUGGUCAGCAUCGUACUGUUCAUCAUAGGAGAUGUAAGAUUCUUACUCUCCCUCUCCCUCUCUCCCACUUCUCUGGCAUUUACCUGCCUCUGAACACACACGAGGGAUCCACCCUAAUGUACACAAAUUGCUCAGUCUCCCCAGCUGGAAGGGGAGCUGUAGCUCUGAUAUGGUAGCAAUACCCGCGUAGGCAAGAAAUGCUUUCUAAGGUAGUGUGUUGGCACUGUAAUUCCAUAGCUUAGCACGUCAUAUAUGCCCUUCGGGAGGCGAGAUGGUAGACUUCAUCCCCAUUAACUAGACGU